CAUGACCACAGCUGACCAAUAGGAAACAUGACAUUUACCCGAUUCACGUCUAAAGGCAUCAACAAGCUUAUUAGAGCGAGAAAAACACAGUAUCUAAAAGAAGUACUGCGCUUCGGUUGAAUUAUAAUGCUAUAGCCUGCUGCGUUAGAUGUGCAGCAUACAAACCCCCAUGCUAGGAUGAAAUAUUCUGGUUAAAAUGGUUCUUGCUCUGGAAUUUAGCGUAGGACGCGUAGGAGCUCACUUGACAGCUGGAAUGUAACUGGGUUUCUUAUGAGCUGGCUAACACAGCUAGCUGCCUAUAGAGGUCUGUGUGUCUGAGAAUAAGAUGCAUUUCAUUACCAGCACACAGCAAAUGCAUGCUUAGGUGUAUAUAGAAGUAUGCUAGGAUGUUCAAAAAUGUGUUCGGAUCAGGAUUUCUGGUGAGGACCGCUCAUGUCAUCUUGACAUGGGUUAUAACGUUGAUUCUCUUCCUCCACGACACCGACCUGCGCAAACAGGAGGAGACGGGGGAGCUCACACUGCCGAUUCUCUUUGUGCUGCUGGUCCUGGUGUCUGUGUUGCUGUACUUUGCGGUUUCGCUCAUGGAUCCUGGUUUUGUCUUGACUGAUGACUGUGACUUGCAGUUCACACUUGGUAUUGCAGAAGAAACUCAGGAUAUGAUUCCACAGACUACCAAGUCCAUACGGCUGCGGCGCUGUGGACACUGCCUGGUACAGCAACCCAUGAGAUCCAAACACUGCCAGACGUGUCAGCACUGUGUGCGGCGCUAUGAUCACCACUGCCCCUGGAUAGAGAACUGUGUCGGGGAGAGAAACCACCGCUGGUUUGUGCUUUAUCUGGCUGUCCAGCUUAUUGUCCUACUGUGGGGACUUUACAUGGCCUGGUCCGGCUUCAGUCACGCUCCCACCUGGCAGCUGUGGUUGAGGACCAACGGUGUGCUCUUGGGAGCAGCAGCUGUAGUGGCGGUCCUAUCCCUGACCGUGCUUCUCCUCCUGGGCUCUCACCUGUACCUGGUGUCCCUAAAUACCACCACAUGGGAGUUCAUGUCUCGACACAGAAUCUCUUACCUCAAGCACUGCGGCGUAGACGAAAACCCUUUUGACCGUGGAACCCUGCGCAAUCUCUGGGGCUUCUUCUGUAUUUGGGAACCAGUGGUUUGGGAGCAUGUUUAUUUCAAGCAAGGCAACGAUCCCAUUUAAUUCCCUGGGAGUCUUGACUGCCAUGACAAAUAACCCAUUAAAUAGAAGUUGAUGUUUUGGAGGAAAUUGCUCCAAACUGCAUCUGCUACUACAUCUAAUCUACUUCUCCUUCCUUAUGAAUGACUCAUUCCAUUUUGAAAGUGAUUCUUAAAUGCAUGAACUUUGUAGUUGCAAUGAUUUUUGAUUAAGUUUUAUCAAAUAGGUUGGAAUGAUGAGCAUUUCUAUAAAAGUGUUUUGUGAAUACUUUGCCCACAUAUUACUUUGACAAUUCGCCUGUGCUGAUUUUGCACAUUUUAAUAGCAGAACAAAAAGCACAAAAUCACAACAGCCUUUUGGAGCUGUAUUGUGGUUUCCAAUUAAUGCAAUAUGAGAUGAGAUAUAUUACAAUUUUAUAUAAUUAUUUAUUAUCCUGGCUCUGCUCAAAUAAUUUCUUUCAUGGUACUAAAAAGCUGUUGGACAAAAGUAAUUUUAACUAGACAGUCUGUCAGCUUAUUUUAUAGUAGCAGCAGAUGUUGUAUUCUUACAUCAGCAAUGAUUUUUGUGCAAUUAUUGAACUUGUGAAAUACAGUCAGUUGUAUAUAUUUUUACAGUUUUUUUUUUUUUUUUUUUCAGAAAAUUGACACCCCAUUUUAAAGGGUUAGUUCACCCAAAAAUGAAAAUGAUCAAAUGAUUUACUCAUCCUCAAGCCAUCCUAGGUGUAAAUGACUUUAUUCUUUAAGAUGAACACAUUCGGAGAUUUAAAAAUAAUAAAGGCCUUCUGAAGCGAGGUGAUGGCAGACAGCCAUACACAUGGAUUUGCGGCGGAAGAGUAAAACUCUGACCUGGCGCAUGACGUAAUGAUGAACGCAGAGGAUAGAGCAAAACAAAACACCAGUCACGAAUUAGGUCUCAAAUGAUCAUUUUUAAAGAGAAAUGUAGGAGGAUUUUGAUAUAAGAGAAGAGGAGCUUGAGUUUGUUUCCCAGCCCUAUUUGUUUGAACCGUGAGAGGCAUCUAAGCUUAUGCUAAUCCUACAUCCUGUGUCAUACAUUGCUUCAGGGGUUUCUCAUUUGGCCCAAGUCGACUUGUGCAGUAUGCGUACGGUCGUCCGCCGGAAGCUAGUUAUUUGAAUUCAUAAAUUUUUAAAUAUGGAUAUUUUUUCUUACAGAAAAGCAUCGCUUUGCUUCAAAAGGUCUUUAUUAAUCCCCUGGAGCCAUAUGGAUUAUUUUUUAUA